CUGGCGCUGGGGCUGGUCGGCCUGGCCUUCGCGCUCUUCGGCCUCGUCCUGCUCUUCGUUCUGCCCAGCAUAGUCCGAGACCAGGUCAUCAAGAAUGUGAGGAUCGAUCCGAAUAGCAUCUCCUUCAGGAUGUGGAAAGAUAUUCCUGUUCCCUUUUAUCUAUCAGCCUACUUCUUUGAGAUAAUGAAUCCAGAAGAGAUUCGUAUGGGAGCCAAGCCAGUGGUGAAUCAACGUGGCCCUUAUGUUUACAGAGAGCACAGGUAUAAAACCAAUAUAACCUUCCAUGACAACGGUACAGUUUCCUUCCUGGAAUACCGGAGAUUUUUCUUCCGUCCAGACCUGUCUGACGGGAAGGAAGAGGAUUACGUUGUGGUGCCAAACAUCCUUGUUAUGGGGGCAGCCAUUAUGCUGGAGAAGCUACCACACUUUCUGAAGGUGUUAAUAAGCGGCGCACUAGCUGGCCUGGGGCAGGGAGCUUUCAUGAACCGAACAGUGGGAGAGAUUAUGUGGGGCUACGACGACCCACUUAUCGAUGUGCUGAACAACUAUGUGCCUGGCUUGAUCCCUUUCAAGGGGAAGUUCGGCUUAUUUAUGGAUUUUAACAACUCAAAUACAGGACUGUUCACAGUGUAUACAGGGGCCACAGACAUCAAUAAAAUCCACAUAGUGGAUACAUGGAAUGGAUUAAAAAAGGUGAAUUAUUGGCGAUCCAAUGAGUGUAAUAUGAUCAAUGGGACUUCUGGAGAGAUGUGGCCUCCUUUCAUGACUCCUUCCUCUUCUCUAGAAUUUUAUAGCCCUGAUGCCUGCCGAUCCAUGAAGCUGGUGUAUGAGCAGUCAGGAGUAUUUAAAGGGGUGCCAACCUAUCGAUUUGUGGCUCCGAAGACUUUAUUUGCUAAUGGCACAGACUAUCCACCAAAUGAAGGCUUCUGCCCUUGCAGGGAAUCUGGAAUCCAGAAUGUCAGCACCUGUAGAAUGAAUGCACCAGUGUUCAUAUCCCAUCCGCACUUCUACAAUGCUGACCCUGUCUUGCUGGAAGCCGUUGAUGGAUUACAUCCCAACAAAGAGCAGCAUGGCCUCUUCCUUGAUGUUCAUCCGGUCACAGGAAUUCCAAUGAACUGUUCUAUCAAACUGCAACUAAGCCUAUACAUAAAGAAGGUCGCUGGCAUAAGCCAAACAGGACAGAUCAAGCCGGUUGUCUUGCCUAUACUUUGGUUUGGAGAGAGCGGAGCCAUUGAAGGUUCAGUCUUGCAGCAGUUCUACACCAGCCUGGUCCUGAUCCCAUCUGUGCUGGAAUACGUGCAGUAUAUCGCCAUUGGUCUGGGUCUCGCUCUGAUGUUUGUUGCCAUUGUGCUGGAGGUAAAGAGACAGAGAAAUGCCAGAGAGAAGAGCCAACAAGAGCCAGAGCUACAGAACGAACCACCUCAGUAUUCAGAAACAACACCACUUCUUCAGGAUGCUAGUGAACCAAACCAGAACAACGCUGCUGAAGCCUGAAGUGCCAAUCUCUUAGAGGGUGAUUUCCACCAGUACCAGGGACUGUGCUGAUGCAACAGACUCUCUCUGGGUCAGUGAGGAUACACAGAGUGGGAUAAAAUACCUGAUUCUGAACAGUCUGGAGAGAGGCACAAAACCUCCAAGGCUAUUGAAUCCUAUUGCCAUGGCUCUCACUUCCUGCACUGAGAUAGGAGCAGAGGAUAAAACCAAUUCACUCCUGUCACUUUGAAGUACAAAACAAAGAACACUUGUUGGCCUGAGGCUGGUAUGGGCCAAGAAUUCUUGCGUGCUACUUUCAGCCCUGCAGAGAUGAAAGAUACCUGCUGGCUAAUCCCGGAAGAGUCCUUUCCCCUGCCCCCUUAGUCUCUCUCUUCACCUAAAGUGGAGAGAAUUCUAAAAGGAAAAGGCACUUUAAUCAAUAACCCAUUAAAGCAAAUAAGGUUUACAUCUUCUAUAGAAGUAACUGGUUUAUAUAGAAAAUGUCAGUAUUUAACAAUCUGUGCCUCUCGGGGCUUAUGGACAGGUGCUUACUAAAUAAAUCUCUACUGACUGAAAUUCACUCCCCUUCAGGAGGCUACCACUAAUCUGGGAAAACUGAGCAUGAUCCACAGUAGUUACUAUUAAUCCUAUUUAAAACAUUAUAGGAUGGGCUCAUUGAGUGGAAAUGGAUUCUUAUGCUCCUCACAUCUUAGACCUAUGCUGCCAGGUUAUUUUUUAUAGAUGGGUAUUGGGCUAUACAACCAUGUGCUAAUGUAAGAUUCAUGAUUGCAGUGAUUUGCUGCUGUGUAGGGGUGGUGCUGUAGACAAAAGGCUCAUAUGUCACUGAUACAUGCCUGCUGGGAGAAUGGGAGGCCCAAGGCCACUACCUGGCAGUUGUAUAAUGUCUGAGUGAAAAUACUCUCUGCAGAUAGCGUGAAACAUUCUGUUUUCCAUGUGGUCAGGCAAUUCCAUAAGUCUGUGCAGGUUGUUUGAGGACCCCUUUAAAUGCUACUGAUGAGCAGGCAGCAACAGCUGAAGUAUACACCCAAAUGGGAGGGAAACCCACUCCUGUGACUUAAGCUUUGCAUUGAGAGUACUGAAUGCAGCAGUCUGUCACGGGAGGGUGCAUGGCCUGUACACAAUGUAGGGAUUUUUUUUUACCAUGCAAAGUGCUAUGUAACCAUGGUGCCCCCAACUGUUC